CCUUGACUCGUUCGUCGUUCGCUCGUGCCAUAAUUGACGUAAGAGAGCACUGCGAAAAGGCGAAGUAUUCGCAAUUUCGUCAAUUAACUCCAUUACCAAUAAUGAACAGCUGUAUAACCAAUAAAAUUGGUUGACAGAAGCUCAACAAAAUUGUUACACAAUGGCAGUAACCUCACAUCGCGGCGGAUUCUAUGAAACUGAAGUUGUUUAGUCACGGGGCGCGCGGGAUCGGUUACGGCUUGGUGAAGUAUUCGAAAUACUCGAAGAUGUCGUUUACGGAGUCUCCGGCAAAAGCGGCGUUGUGCUGCGAGGAGACGGCGGACGGGGCUCCACCGUCGUACGCGAUGUACGAGGCGUUGAAGGACUCGUGCCAGAACAACGCGACGUUCUUCCAGCCGGACGACAGUGAGAACGGCCAGCGGUUGUACCAGGGGUUCAUGACGCUCAUAGAUCACAUAGAUACUGUUUGGCCGUUGGUGGAUCAUGUGCGCAAGGUAGCGCCGCAGUACGAUUUCGACGCGACAUCCCCCGGCAACGGUUACCGAAGUUUCGUCUCCGUAGUGGACUCCUGCGUAUUGCACGGCUUGAAGCUGAGUCGGCAAGUUUGCACAGGCAGGGACGCCUUGCUGUUCCGGAAAGGGUAUUUCGUUAGGGAAAUAGAAUCGUGCGGGCAACUCCUCGCUUCGCUCGGCACGUGCCUGCACCACGUGCACACGCUGCUGUCGUGGGCGCCGCCCGGGGACCUGUUCCCGUCCGAGGCGCGCUCGCCCGAGGAGCUGUUCUCGCAAGCCGACACCAUCAACCAGUACUGCUUCUACGGACGGUGUUUGGGGUUCCAGUUCCUACCGUCAAUGCGCGGCAUCCUAAAAGGCAUAUCGAUCUGCAUGGCGGGCUUCUCGGAGGCGUACUACAGCCACGGCAACCUGAUCAGCUCGGUGUGGACGGGCGGGCAGUACCUGAUCGACCCGGAGAUGCGGGCGCGCCGGAUUGUCAACAUAUCGCAGUCGGCCAGCGUCGAGUUCUGCAAGGCCUUCUGGUUCCUGGCUGAGAGCGAAAUAAUGAAACGCGUGCCCAGCCUAAUGUCCUCAACGGUCGCCGUCAACAAAGUGAUCACCAUCCCGCCUGAACCGGUGACGGUGACCACAACAGAAGGGAAAGAGCUGACCGUCCUGCCGCCCACCGUGCAUCUAGGUCUUCAGAGCCUUAACGUUAGGCUUAUUAGUGUUAAUAAGAGAAUUGGCAUGAACGGCGAAGCCAGCUCCUCCCUCCCGGCCGCCGAGGGCGUCCUGUUCCACUGCCACGGCGGCGGCUUCGUGGCGCAGAGCUCCAAGUCCCACGAGAUGUACCUGCGAGAGUGGGCCGCCAAGCUCAAUGUGCCCAUCCUCUCCGUGGACUAUAGUCUAGCUCCGCAGGCGCCGUUCCCGAGGGCCUUGGAGGAGGUUUACUACGCUUACUGUUGGAUGCUGAAUAAUUUUAGCACUAUUGGCACUACCGGUAAAAGAAUAGUCUUCGCCGGCGACUCGGCAGGCGCGAAUCUCCUAGCCAGCUGCACACUGAAGAUCCUAUCCAGUGGUCUGAGAAGUCCAGAAGGACUGUUCCUGGCAUACGCUCCGCUAUUAGUGAGCUUCACACCGAGUCCCGCCCGUCUGUUAUGUCUUAUGGAUCCGCUACUGCCGUUUGGAUUUAUGAUGAGGUGCCUUAAAGCGUACGCGUGUCCAAACCCAAGUGGCAAUACAGGUUGCGGCCACAAAAACUGCAACUGUGCCAAACCUGGUCACUCGACCUCUAACGCCACCACGCCUCUAGACAGCAACGGCUUUCUCAAAGUCAGCCCUUCACAAGAAGGCAUAAGCGAGGGUCCGUCAUCAUUCGAGGAGGUGUCACCGUCGGACCUGGCGGAGCUUCAAGCGCAUAAGUCCGGCAGCGAGCGGCGACAGUCUUCCGACACCACCAUUAGCGCCGCUUCGUUACAAAGCGAACACACCGCCACUGGUUUUUCGCCGCCCGAAGACAAGUCGCAACAAGUAGUAUCGGACUUCUUAGAGCGCUACGUGUUGGAUAGCGACACGGACUCCGAGGGCCGCCGCAUACCCGUCAUCAAGCCCAACACUGGCCAAGAAGAGAACAGUCACAGAGAAGUCGAGUCGGAAAACUCCAGCACACUGGUUGGUGAACUGCCUCUGGAAGACCAAGACCGGGAGAAUAAGAAAAGGAUAAAGACACGUAUCAGCGAAGCUGCAACGGGUAUAAUGGGUGCCAUGUCGUCUCGGCUAGCGUACAUCACAGGCUCUAACAACAUCUCCAGGACAACACAGGAAGAGAUAGCAGUGCGUUCGAACCUAGACGCCCUAAUCGCCCGCAGUCCGUCCGACGAGUUCAUAUUCUCCGUGCCUCGCGACCCGCUGCUCUCCCCGUACUGGGCAGACGACAAGUUACUGUGCAGGUUCCCACCCUGCAGGAUACUGACGGUGCACUUGGACCCGUGCCUGGACGACUGCGUGAUGUUCGCCAAGAAGCUCAAGCGGCUCGGCAACGUGGUCGGCAUCGACGUGCUCGAGGGACUGCCGCAUGGCUUCCUUAACUUUGCUUUAAUGGCCAGAGAAGCGAACGAGGGUUCCAAGCUCUGCGUGGAGCGGAUAAAGCAACUGCUAGGCCUGGAGAGCGCGCCACCCGACCGCCGCUGAUGACGCUGCUGCGGCACCUGCCUUGACACGGUGUAGUGCCCGCCUAAUACAUCAUUUCUUCUUCUUCGUGUUAGGGGCUAUAUAAGGCUCCAAAGCCUAUGUAUCACUGCGACCAUCCCUGAUCUAUUGUGAUCGCCACCUACUACAACUCUCGAUCCAAACCUGCAACUUCAAACAGCUGCAGGAUCUCGUCGAGAGACUUUAACUCCUCCAGGCGCAAUAUGUGUCCGCCCAGGAUUAAGUCACGAGUACGCAUUAGGCAAGGGCACUCUGUGAGGAUGUGCAAGGGCGUCUCCUUUGCCUCCAUACAGAGUCUGCACCGCCCCAUGUCACGUUUCCCCAUAGUGUGAACAUCAUUUACUACACGUAGAUGGAGUAUGUAACCUUUUCGACGCCGUGUCAAACAAAAGCUGUCACUCGGACGGCACGUCACCGAAGUGUUAAAACUUAAAUUGAACUUUAUGUAUAUGCACGUAGGUGUGUUGCUCUGUGGUCUCUGACGGAUCAGUCUUUGGCGUUGGACCUGCGGUGCCGAUAUAUCAGUCAUUGGCGUCCAAAAGGUUAAGACGAGAUAACCCGACCAGCUGGGGUGUAUACUAAUUUAAUUGGAAGACGCGAGCGCUCAUUUCAGUUGCGUCCACUUUUAAAAGCAAGUGUCAAUCGCAUCAACGUUGCCGGUACUUGUAGUCUUUAUACGUAAAAUCUUCGGGCAGCACCAGGGAAGGGAGUCGGCAUUCACAAUAUUUCCCCUCUGCCGAAGGACAUGCUCAACUGAGCAUGCACACAACUAGCGCGGUGCGUGUAGUGACUCGUACGUACACAAAAGGAGAUCGAGGUGUGCAAGAUUUGUUUUUGACGUGUGUCAUUUUCUAUGUAUUUGUGUCGUUAUUACGGAUUGGAUUUUGUACGUAGUGAGUGAGAAGUGCGACUGUGUGCACGUUUCCCCCCGCAAAAAAUGGCAGAACGAUUUGUACGGUAAGAUAUCGCUUGGGCUCCUUCCUUCCGACGUGUCGGAAGCCGGUGUUGCGCGAAAGAUAAAAUUGAGUCCUGUAUUCGUGUAAAUUAACAAGA